AUGUUAUCAAGAUCUAUUAAAUCAUCAUUGAAGCGUACUACAGCUUUAGCCAGACCAACCGCUGCCAAGUCUGCUUUGAAAAUCGCCAAUGCCAGUUCAGUGAGAUCCCUCCAUAUUAAAAACACUUCGAGCUAUAGACCAACACCAUUCUUGACUUUCCAAAGAUAUGCCAGUGUUUCUGUCAAAGUGCCAGAUAUGGCUGAAUCUAUUACCGAAGGUACUUUAGCCGCCUUCAACAAAGAGGUUGGGGAUUUUGUCAGCCAAGACGAAACGAUUGCCACCAUUGAAACCGAUAAAAUCGAUGUUGAAGUCAAUGCUCCAGUGUCAGGUACUAUUACUGAAUUUUUAGUUGAUGUUGAUGCCACUGUUGAAGUUGGCCAAGAAAUCAUUAAGAUGGAAGAAGGUGACGCCCCAGCCGGCGGUGCAUCUGCAUCUGAAGCUCCAGCUAAGAAAGAAGAAGCCCCCGAAAAGGCUAAAGAAGAAUCUGCUCCAGCUGCCGCACCAAAGAAGGAAGAAACUAAGAAAGAGGAACCAAAGAAGGAAUCAAAACCAGCACCAAAGAAAGAAGAAUCUAAGAAGGCCACCCAAUCUACAACUAGUGCUCCAACUUUCACCAAUUUCUCCAGAAACGAAGAGAGAGUUAAGAUGAACAGAAUGAGAUUGAGAAUUGCUGAACGUCUUAAGGAAUCACAAAACACUGCUGCUUCCUUGACCACUUUCAACGAAGUUGACAUGUCUAACUUGAUGGAUUUCAGAAAGAAAUACAAGGACGAAUUUAUUGAAAAGACCGGUAUCAAGUUAGGAUUCAUGGGUGCUUUCUCCAAAGCUUCUGCCUUGGCUCUUAAGGAAAUCCCAGCUGUCAAUGCUGCAAUUGAAAACAAUGACACUUUGGUCUUUAAAGAUUAUGCCGACAUUUCAAUUGCUGUUGCCACUCCAAAAGGUUUGGUGACCCCUGUUGUCAGAAACGCCGAAUCCUUAUCUAUUUUGGGUAUUGAAAAGGAAAUCUCUAAUUUGGGUAAGAAAGCCAGAGAUGGUAAAUUGACUUUGGAAGAUAUGACCGGUGGUACUUUCACUAUUUCUAAUGGUGGUGUUUUUGGAUCAUUAUACGGUACCCCAAUUAUCAAUAUGCCUCAAACUGCCGUAUUAGGUUUACACGGUGUUAAAGAAAGACCAGUUACUGUUAACGGACAAAUCGUUUCUAGACCAAUGAUGUACUUAGCAUUGACUUACGACCACAGAGUAGUUGACGGUCGUGAAGCUGUUAUUUUCUUAAGAACCAUCAAGGAAUUGAUUGAAGAUCCAAGAAAGAUGUUGUUGUUAGAAUAA